GAGCGCGUCGGUCUCUCUCCUCUAGCGACUAGCAGUAGCAAAUUAAGCUCUCGCACAGCUGCCGCUCGUGUCACAGAGUGGCUAGCUAGCUAACGACUACUAUAAUGGAGAGGCUGAUGGCGGAGAAGGAGCUGGACCUCGAGCUCAGCCUCCUCCACCCCUGCUCGUCGGCUGCGGCGGCUCAGGCGGAGCCUCCCGGCUUCUUCGUCUGCACCUACUGCGACCGCAAGUUCUACAGCUCGCAGGCGCUCGGCGGCCACCAGAACGCGCACAAGUACGAGCGCACCCUCGCCAAGCGCCGCCGGGAGAUCGCCGCCGCCAUGCGCGCGCACGGCGCCCGGGCCGACGCCGCCGCCGGCAGGCCCGGGGGCGCCGGAGACGUAGCUGCGGGCGCCGCCGAGGCUUUGAUGGCGAGGCUGCUGGACGCGCGGCAAGCUGGCCCGGUGCCUGGUGGGCAAUCCGCCGGCGGCCAUCUGCGAAGCAAGAGCAGCUCGUUGGAGCACGGCGUCGAGCGCGCCGACGAGCUGGACCUGUCGCUCAGACUAUAAUUGGGUUCUUGCCUUGUAUUGCGCCUCUGUAUUACUAGUUAUUCUACACUUUGACUUUAAUUUGCCUGUUCUCUAUACUAGUAUGAUGUUUCUCCUCUUGCGCGCACCUUUUGAUUCUUCUGUGUGUAUUGAUGAGUUUCUCUGAUCGGUAUAUAAUUUCUUCUCAAGAAAGGCACUUGACGAUUUA